AUGUCAAACGACAACAUUUCCGAGCCAAUUGCCAGCAGCAACCACAUCAACACAGACACUAAUACUUCUGGUGACUUACAACAACAAGCUGCAAGUCGAGAACAAAGUUUCGACCCAAAUCAUCCAACUCAAGAACCUUUUACCGUGCCUGAAGUUGAUGGAGUUGACGAAUCUUCGUGUGGUUUCGGUGAUAGAAUGUUAGAUCUUUGA